GUCACUCGUGGCGCGCCGGAGCCGCUCGCACGUGUCAGCACCGCACCGCGUCCCGCUCCGCACCGCCAUGAGCUGCCCGGUGACCUGCGCCGCAUGGGUGCGCUGCGGCGUUGCCAAGGAAACGCCGGAUAAGGUGCAGCUCAGCCAGGAGGAGCUGAACGGCCUCAUCGAGGUGGCCCAGGACAGGCUGAGGGAUGCUGCUGAUAGUAGCGAUGAAGGCCAGAUGGCAUCUGGUGUGAAUGUAGAUGUUCCUGAUAGAGCUAAGUCUUCUCAUGAAAAUGAAGACCCGCCUGAUGAUGAACUAGAUGAAUAUGAUUUGGAAAAUUAUGAUGAAGAAGAAUACACAGGUGAUCUAAAACUUGGAGACUCUUUGGCUACUCUGGCAGUAUAUGGGAGUAAUGAUAAUGAUCCUUACAUCACUCUAAAAACCACUGAUCAAUAUGAAGAGGAAGACUUCUUGAUUAAGCCCAGUGACAAUCUUGUCCUUUGUGGCAGAGUUGAUAAAGACUACUGUAGUUUGGAGGUCCAUGUUUAUAAUCAUGAAGAGAACUCAUUUUAUGUGCAUCAUGAUAUUAUCUUGCCUGCUUACCCUUUAAGUCUGGAGUGGCUGAAUUUUGAUCCUAAUCCUGAUGAAUCAGUAGGAAAUUAUGUUGCAGUGGGUAACAUGACCCCAGUUAUUGACAUUUGGGACCUUGAUGUAGUAGAAUCCUUAGAACCAGUCUUUUCUCUUGGAAGCAAGAAAGAGAAAAAGAAAAAGAAAGGAAAGAAAUAUCUACAUACACAGAGUUUAUCUUCAGAAGAGACAGUGAAGGGACAUACUGAUGCUGUGCUUGAUCUUUCAUGGAAUAAACAAAGCAGGAAUGUUUUAGCAAGUGCAUCUGCUGACAAUACUGUGAUUUUGUGGGAUAUGUCUGUGGGUAAGCCAGCAGCCAACCUGAUGCUACACACAGACAAGGUCCAGACGUUGCAAUUUCAUCCAUUUGAAACUCAGACACUUAUUUCUGGAUCUUACGAUAAAUCAGCUGUGCUGUAUGACUGCAGAAACCCCCAAGAUAACCAUCGUGUGUGGCGGUUUAGUGGUCAGGUUGAGAGAGUAACUUGGAAUCACUUUUCACCUUGUAACUUCUUAGUGAGCACAGAGGAUGGCUUUGUGUACUGUCUGGAUGCUCGUUCUGAUAAGCCACUGUUUACUCUGAAAGCUCACGAUGAAGAGGUGUCAGGGCUACAGCUAAGCAGUCAGAUCAAAGGAUGCCUUGUGACAUCAUCUGCUGACAAACACGUGAAAAUCUGGGAUAUCCUGGGAGACAGACCAAGUUUAGUCCAUUCCAGGGAUAUGAAAAUGGGUGUUCUCUUCUGUGCAGCUUGCUGCCCUGACCUCCCGUUUGUUUUUGCCUUUGGAGGAGAGCGCGAAGGGCUGCGUGUUUGGGAUAUUAGCAAGAUUUCUGCAGUGAAUGAAGUUUUUGGAAACAGAGAAAGACUUGUUCUGGCAAAUGCCAACUCUGCAGCCAGCAGUAGCAGCAAUGACUUGGAGACAGCAAUGGAAUCGUGAUGGACCAAACAUCAAAGUAAUUCAUGGCACUAUGACUAAUGUGGAUUCUACAAAUCCCCCUGUUUGGUGAGAGUUCAUAGAAAUUACUCUGGUGUCUUGCAAUCUGCAGGCUUCUUCAUCUUAAAGAAACACAGUGACGGGGUUAAGCUCGAAGUCAGCAAUUCUAAGUUCCUGCCUCUUUUACCAGCUUUGAAAGAUUAAAUAACUUGCUUUUUGCCUGAGAUUAUGAUCCCUGUAACAGGGUCUACUAUAUUUGAUAUAUAAAAUGAAACAGGCACUAGAAGAGCAUUCUGCUACUACUAGAAGUUUGUUGAAUACUACAAAGAACGUAAAUAUCUUCUAAGGGCAUAAGGAAAAACACUUCAACUAGCAGUUGUGUAAUAAAAAAACCAAAAGAGGAAUGAAAUGACAAGUGUAAAUAGGUAAUUUAUCCUUAAUUUGAGACUAGAUUUACAGAUUUCUAAUACAGAUUUUAAAAGUUCUUUUAUGUAACUUCUCUAAGUCUUAGAGUAUUUCUUGGGCAGUAAGCUGGGAGUCCCUGAGUAGCCUCUUGCAAUGCCUUUGUAACACCUCAGAUCACCAGUAUCAAACUAGAAAUAUCCCAUCUCUAUCCCAUCAAGAUGCAGGGUAUCUUUUCCCUGGUUUCACAGCUGCUGAAGCUUAUUAAUGUUGCAUGUGCAUUGGGUUUUUCUUCAAGCUCCAAAUGUAAAUAAUAUAUAUAAAGACAAUUUGAACUGAAAUAACGGGUUACUACUCAAAAAGUGGCAAGAAGCUGUCAGGACACAAAGCAAGGGCGAGGAUCUCAGCUGGUCACUGUCACUGGUGAAAGCUGACCAUGUUGCAUACUCAUGUUCCUAACUCCUCCCAGGCACAGAGGAACAUUCUGAGUAUCAGCCUAACUGCUGACUUUAAUCAUAGGUUAAGGCUGGAAAGGACCUUAAGAUCAUCUAGUUCCAACCCACCUGCCUUGGGAAUGUGACUCAGAACACCCAAGUGCCUUACCCCAGACACUUACCUGUGUCCUCCUGGGACGUGCUUCCCUCUCUUCAUAGUGGAAGGUGUCUGUGUCUGUUAAGGUGGUGCUGCUGCAAGAAGGCCCUGGGUAUCAAAGCAGCCAUAGUAUUGGGGCCUGUUGAUGAGAUCUUACCACCACUUCCCAGCCCAGCUCACUGUAACUCCUGCUGAGGUGGGGCAGAUAGAGUGUACCAGUACAAACUGCAGAGGGGGAAAAGGCAGGGCUGGCAGUUUCCUUCCCAUCCCUUGAAAUUAAGUGGCUGCUUCUAAGUCCAAUUCAGCUGCUUCUAGUCUGGUGGCAGGUGUUUAGCAUGGCUCUACGGGAACCAAGAAUACUUUGGAUGUGUUGGGAUUCCUGCUGCAGUCCAAGCAGUAGUGGAGGAUGUGAUGUGGAUAACAAAUGAACCACCACUUUUGUGAAGCUGAAGAAGGUGAAAGCAGAACCACCUCUGUUCAAGUGCUCUCCACUGAAAAUCUGCAAGUUUUUCAAAGCCUUCCUUUGAAAUAAAUGCGUUGUGUUAAGCUGCUGGAGGGUAGUUGUUUCUGUUACCUCUAUCAUCUCUGGUGUUAAUUGGUGCUAUAGUUCUAGAUGUCGCUUUUUGUUCUGGGAGGAAACUGUGGUACUGCAAGCAACACAUCUUUCCCUUGACUAAACCAAAUCCCUUAACCUGGCUUUCUGGAGCUUUUUAUUUACAUCCUGAUCUUGGAGGGAAGCAAUAUGCAUUUAUGAGCUUUGAAGAACCUCAGGAUCUCCCUGGGAAAUGCAGUGUACAGGUGAUGAAAAAGCAGUGUUACUUCUCUUAGCAUCACUAUCAGAAAUGGGAUCCUUUUCCUUAUGAAUG